AUUCAUUACGUUUUAGUUUGUCGUGCGGAUUGUUUCUUUUUUGUGAGAGCUCGUCGGAAAAAAAGCAAUUUUGCUUUUGCCUUUUGUAAAAAAAAAAGGAAAAAGUUCGUAAAACGCGAAAGAACCGUUCGAAACCAAACGCGAAGCGGAAUCAAAAAAAAGAUUUUUCAAAAUGGUUGCCGAAAUUGCUGAAGAUUUUGUUACUAUUGCCGCUGCCGAUGAGGGCGUGGACAUGAAGGAGGAGCUGCCGGCCGGAAACUACAUCCUGGUUGGCGUUGACAUAGACACCACUGGACGUCGUCUGAUUGAUGAGAUUGUCCAGCUGGCUGCCUACACUCCAAAGGACAACUUCCAGCAGUAUAUCAUGCCGUAUAUGAAUCUGAACCCUGCCGCUCGUCAGCGUCAUCAAAUUCGUGUGAUUUCGAUCGGUUUUUAUCGCAUGCUGAAGUCCAUGCAGACCUUCAAGAUUAUAAAAUCAAAAUCGGAGGUCGCUGCCCUCAUGGACUUCCUCACAUGGCUGGAGAUGCUGGCCGCCAAACAGGCCAACACAGAUGGCAUCGUUUUGCUAUAUCACGAGGAGCGCAAAUUCAUACCCUACAUGAUAUUGGAGGCGCUCAAGAAGUACGGCCUGAUUGAUAGAUUCAAUCGGACAGUCAAGUCUUUUGCCAACACUUUCAAUAUGGCCAAGGCCUCCAUGGGCGAUAUUAACAUUAAGAAAUGUGGUCUACACAAGCUUUCGAUGCUCUUGUCCAAACCCAAGGAUGACAUUUCCGACAAGGAGAAUGAACCCGAGAAUGUCAAGCAGAACGUCAGCAGCAACGAGAAGGGCUCCAAGAAUGGCAUAAAUCACGAGCAGCAGGACGGUUUUGAGGGGAGCGCUAAUGUGCGCGCCAAGAUGGUCUACAACGUGGCCUUGCAGUUGACCAACUCGGAACGCAAAUCCGAGCCAGAGUCGUCGGAGGCGGUGAUUAACCUGUUCAAUGCUGUGAAACCAUUUGCUCAGCUUGUCAGCACGGACGUCAAGGAGCUGGAAACCCAGAACGAGAACCUGGGACGCCAGAAUUCAUUCCGUCCACUCUUCUUGAACUACUUCCGCACCACACUGUACCAUCGUGUUCGUGCCGUUAAGUUCCGCAUUGUGCUGGCCGAAAAUGGCUUCACUCUGGAUUCUCUAAAUGCCAUUUGGACUGAGAAGGGCAAGGAAGGCUUGGACCUGGCUCUGGCAGCGAUUGACACCCUGAAGGACGAGGAGAAGACUGAGCUGUUGGACCUUCUGGACAGCUUCUACGAUCCAAGCAAGACUGCCAUCAAGCCGAGCAUCAAGCCCAAUAGCUCUCGCCGUCGUAUUCGCGUCAACGGUGGAGCAUCGUCGAAGAAUGGAGCCAUGAGCUCCCGCUCUACCAGCAACGAAUUCGGAGCUGGUGGCGACAAGUCCCAGCGUCAAUCCUCAGUGCCGGAUUCUACCACCAAGUCGCCAUCGCCCGGUAAGUCGGGCGGCCGUUCUCACCGCAAACGCAACAACACUCGCAACAACAGCUUUGGCAAUGCCAAGGGACCUAAGAAGACCGAGACACGCUCGUCAAAGACUGAAUUGAACAAGUCGGCCCCGAACUCUGUAGCUGUGGACAACGCCUUGGCCACACCGCCGCCAAUGGCACUGCCAACGCCAGUGGCCACCAACUAAAGAGCCAUGGAGAGAGGGGUUAUAGUGCAACCACUUAAAGAAUCAAGACACUGAAACCCCCCCAUGGAAACGAAGAACGAAGGAUGGAGAAAUAUAUAUUGACACUGCGAGCUUUUCCCCUUUCAAGGCGCCACAAACACACAGAUUAGAAACAAUGUCCAAAUUUUAGUGUAAACACAAACCACAACGCAAAUCUACACAUGUGAACGAGUGGUCCCGUGAAGACUACGAAUUGAAUGUUGUACAAGAACACUCGCGGCCGGAGCUUGCUGUCGAGAAGUGCUUAAUCGAGACGUUUUAAAACUAUUAUUGUAACUGGAUGUGCGCUCAGCCCCAAUCUAUGUACUCUGUGCUGUGCCCACGCUAACACACACUUAAUCAAUUAUCGACACAUUGGAGCACGUAAUUACGUAAAAAUCGGUGCGUUUAGGCAUAGUUUUCCAAAAUAUUCGAUAUAGAACUGUACUAGACAAAUGGAAAAAUAUGAUCCCAGUAAACGCCUCGAUUAAUAUUUUGCAUUGGGCAGGUCGACGUAAACACACUCAAAUAAUUAAGCAAACCGAAUCAGAUCCCUAGCCCAAUGUUCAAAAUAUCACUAGAAAGCCUAAGUACACACA